CAGGACUCUGUAAUGCCUCUUCAGGCUAAAAUUUCCUGCUUUGGCCUGGGAUGUUGAAUGGACCAAUCUGGUGUGUGGGAUGAAGGGAGCCGGAGCGUCGGCAGAGAGGAGCUCCCCGCAGGCGCGCCGGGCAUGAGGAGCUGCCCGCGAUGAGCAGGACGCUGCUGGCCGGCAGGAUGCAGCACGAGAGCCGGAGCAUGUGCGUCUUCCUGCCCAACAGGGAGCAGCUCAGCAUCUCCGUGGGGGUCAAAGCCACUGGACAGGAGCUCUUUCAGCAAGUUUGUGAUUUAGUGAAGAUUAAAGAGCCUCACUUCUUUGGCCUCAGCAUUGUUAAAAAUAAUGAAUAUGUUUUUAUAGACCUGGAGCAGAAGCUUAGCAAAUACUUUUCAAAGGAAUGGAAGAAAGAGACAAGCAAAGGAACAGAGAAAUUUAGCCCACCUUUUGUGGCAUUUUUCAGAGUGCAAUACUAUGUUGAAAAUGGAAGGGUGAUAAGUGACAAGGUGGCAAGGCAGCUCUACUACUGCCAUCUCAAGGAGCAGGUCCUGAGGUCUCGGUGCAACCACAAAGAAGAGAUCUACUUCCUCCUGGCUGCCUACAGCUUGCAGGCAGACUUGGGCAACUACAAGGAGGAAGUCCAUGCUGGCAAAUAUUUUGAACCCCAAGCUUAUUUCCCACAAUGGAUAAUUGCAAAGAGGGGGAGUGACUACAUCUUGAAACAUGCCCCUGAGAUGCACCGAGAACAGCAAGGCAUGACCGCUAAGGACGCAGUGCUGAAGUUCAUUAAGGAGUCCUGCCUGUUGGAAGAUGUGCCUGUCCACUUCUACAGGCUGCAGAAGGAUAAGAAGGAGGACCGCCCGACAGUUAUCCUGGGCCUGACCCUUAGAGGAAUGCACAUCUAUCAGGAGGUGAAUCACGUUCGUCAGCUGCUCUACGACUUUCCCUGGUCGCACAUCGGGAAGCUGGCGUUUCUGGGGAAAAAAUUUGAGAUCCAGCCAGAUGGUUUGCCCUCUGCACGGAAGCUGGUUUACUACACAGGCUGCCCCUUCAGGUCACGGCACUUGCUGCAGCUCCUCAGCAACAGCCACCGGCUCUUUCUGAAUAUCCAGCCGGUGUUGAAGCAAAUCCAAAAACUGGAGGAGGCUGAAGAGAAGAAGCGCUAUCGGGAGUCCUACAUCAGUGACACGUUAGACAUGGACCUGGACCCAUCGGACAAGAACUCGCGGGGCAGUGGGAGCAGCGGCGGGAGCCAGAGGAACAACCGUCUCUCGCGCCAGUCCACGGGAAGUCACGGCAGCUCCCACACGUCGGGCAUCGAGGCUGACUCCAGGCACCGGGUAUCUGUGGAAAUGUCGGUGGAUGAGCCCUUCAGCAUUGAUAGGAUACACAGGAAAGAAAAGUCCUGCAGCUCAACCAUCAGCUACGGUAGCUCUGGCAUUGACAGUGGCAGCAAAGGGAGGGCUGAAGAUGACUCUCAAGAUGAUGAGCUUGAGCUGGCAGUAGAUGAGCCUGAGGAGGUACCUGUAGAUGAGCCUUUAGAGGGAGACCAGUUAGAGGAGGCCACUGUGGGAGAAUCUGUUGGUUCCCUUCGUCUAGAUGCUGCUAGCUGCCAAGCUAUUAAUCAGGAAUCACUGUCUGUGGUGCAAGUUACACUAAUAAAAAUGAGAGGUCAAAGYGUGGAAUCUCUUCAUCAGGUCCGAGCGCCCAGGGGCAGGAGCGGCAGCGAGCAGCACAGCCAGAGCCUGGACGACGUCCGCCUGUACAAGCGGCGGCACCGGCCGCUGGGCGCCGCGCUCUCGUCGGACACGUCGCACAGCUACACGUUCGGCUGCGCCCUGGAGGACAAGCUGGCUCUCUACGGCUGCGUCUACUCCACGGCGGACUGCAAAACCAAGUCUGCCCUUUACGGGAAGCGCUCCAUGAACUGCCUCUCCUUGGAUCUCCUGGGAGAGGACCAGCUCCCGGAGGAGUUUGUGGUGUAAUGAGAGUGGAGCUUUUCCACAUGAGGGAAUGGCUCAUGGUGGAAACAGAAGUGAUUAUAUAUACCUCAUUAACAGGCGGGAUGUCAGUCUGSCUCUUGCAGGAGGCUCUAAGUAGCUUUGUUACUCAGCUCCGCAAGCAGUAAGUGACAUCGCUUCUGCAGACCUGACUACAGGGCAAAUUAACUGGAGUGCAGCACUUAAUUUGGCAUUUGAAGCGUCUGCUGAGAAGAAAAUGGAAGCAGCCUGCACCAUUAGCAGUGACAUAUCUGAUGUCAAACCCUCCAAAAGUGGACCAGAACUGAUACUGACUUGUUAAAGAAAACACUAUCAAUAUUGAUUUAUCGGAAAGAAAGGAAACAGUCCAUGUCAGUUUAGCUUUCUGCCUUUAUGCUAUGAUCCAUUUAUGUUAAUGCUACCACACAAAUACAUUUGUUGCCUUGAGUUCGUGCAGCUUCAACACUGCCAACAGCUGUGAGGACAAAAUAUACCCCGAGUUUAUCAGGAGGUGGGUAUGGAAAAGUUCAGUCUCUUCUCUUUGUAAUGAACAAAAGUUGCCCAUUUGCUCUGCUAGGCACAAGACUCUACUGUGACCUUGUUUCUAGUUGUUUUUCUUUUAAGCAUCCAGCCAAAURCAGUGUGAGGUUUCUGUUUUACCUUCUCUCUUUUUUAAUUUUCCAUUUUUUUUAAUGUGGGAAAUAACUGCCUACUACUGCCUUCCAUGAUUAGAUUGSUAUCUCUCC